AUGCAUAAGCAUUCCAAGUGAGAUGCCCAAGAUCAAAGGAACGAGGGGAAGAAUCAGGAGGACGUAGAAGCUAGGCUUUCCGAUUAUUUUGAGGUUUUUAGUAAAAGAAAGCCUAUCUUCCUUUCACUUCCUUUAAGCCCAAAUAUCAUAUUGCUCGGCUCCAGCACUUGCACGAGUAUUCGCUUCGCUUCUUUCUCUCGCACUCCUCACUCUCCUUUCAGUCGAGACCUCCGUUAGGAUCAAAGAGGUCUGGAGGACGGGUUCAUAUUCCAUUUCAUGACUCCUUCUACGGGAGGCCCUCAGUCCUUGUUUAUAUCCAUAUUCACAGUCGAUCUUCUUCUUCACGUCCGGAGGACUGGUCCGAAGGACUGAUUUAUAUCCAUAUUAACCUGUCCGGAGGUUAUGAAAUAACUCGACUCAAAAUGAUGAGAGGUUCAAAGCUCAUUGAAUAAGGACUUCCUUAUCCCUUAUUAGGAGUGCAACUCAUGAAAUUCCACUAACCCGCUUUGAAUAUGGAUUUCUCAAAUUCUUUGAUAAGGAAUUCGCUUCGCCCCUCUCCUUCCUAACCUCAGUCGAGUGGCUUCGCCCCUCUCCUUAUUUUCUUGAGGGCUCCUUCUAAUUGGAUAAGGAAGGAAUGAGCUUGAAAAUUCUGAGAUCAUUCUUUGAUCCUUAUCAGUCGAGUUAUUUCAUAACCUACGGACGGACCCUUAAUUGAAUCCAUAUUCAUCUGAAAAAGAAAAGGAGCGGUUAGGAGUUGAAUGAAAGCGAAAGUCCUUAUCCUUCAAAUUCAAUGAAAAGGAGUGCAACGAAGAAAAUUCCACUAACCCGUCAUCUAGACCUCUUAUAAUUCUACGGCUCCUCUCCUUCCUAACCUCAGUCGAGUGGCUUCGCUCUGAACCUAUAUUUUUUUCUACGAGUACCUUCGCUCUGAACCUUCCUAACCUCAGUCGAGUGGCUUCGCUCCUCUCCUGACAGUCGAGCCGCUUUCGCUCCUCUUGACUAUCCAUAUUAACCUGUUCCAAAAACAAAGGUCCAGGUGAUAGCUUAAUGCGAGCCCUUGUUCAUUGCCUUGAUAGGCUUGGAGUUGAUUCCACUUUUGUCUCUUCUUUAGGCUUGAUUUUCUUCUUCUUCCUUGCCUCCUGGUUGUCUUUUCAUCUUUUUUCAAUCAAAAAGCGUGAGGAUCAAAGAAUUUGAGAUGUUAGAAGGUGCAAAAUCAAUGGGUGCCGGAGCUGCUACAAUUGCUUCAGCGGGAGCUGCUGUCGGUAUUGGAAACGUCUUCAGUUCUUUGAUCCAUUCCGUGGCGCGAAAUCCAUCAUUGGCUAAACAAUCAUUUGGUUAUGCAAUUUUGGGCUUUGCUCUAACCGAAGCUAUUGCAUUGUUUGCUCUAAUGAUGGCCUUUUUGAUCUCAUUCGUAUUCCGAUCGAAAAGGUUUCAGUCUCACAUCUUGAACAUCAGAAAGCCGUCCCUCUUCCUAUGGUCGAGCUACUUCCGUCCCUCAUCUGGAGCUUUUUCUUUCUCCAUAUUCACCUGUGUCCUUAUGAAAUGAGCUUCGAUCAUUCUUUGACUUUAUUCAUUGAUUCAGUCGAGACCUCUGGAACUCGUCCGGAGUCAUUUCAUUGUCCUUAUCAAUUUCAACUCCUACUCCGCCUCUAUCUGAAUUGGUUCUACGUAGCUUAAUUAGUCCGAAGGACAGGUGAAUAUGGAUUUCAGACUCCUUCUACGCGGUCCGAAGGCUCAAAGAAUUUGAGAAAAAGAAAGUCACUAGAAUGAAACUAAAGAGGACGCUCGACUGAAAGGAGUCCAAGAUUCAAGCUUCAUCAAUGAACAAGGGCUCGACUGAAAGGAGAGAAGGAGGCUCAAUGAAAUAUGAGUUCGUUCGUCAUUCCACUAGAAAAAAAGGAUUCCACAUUCAAGAGGACCGGACAAUAGCCUGAGUCGAGUAAUGGGAAGCGGGCUAGUCCCCGAAAAUGCUCGUUCCUCUGACGUUGGGGCUUACAAUGAACCUUGUGACUCUAACUCUUCUUCAAAAAAAGCGUCUCUAUAUAUAUAGAUCAGUCUUGACUUAUCUCAAGCAAUGUCCAUCCCAUGCCUUUCUUGGUUGGACCAACCCAACCGGCGAUUUCCGACAAGUCUUUCUUCAUUUUUCUUGAAAGAAGCGGAACUACAGGGAUGAAAUUCAAAGUGUUUCUGACUCUGACGCCCAACAGCCCACUUGAGCAAUUUGCCAUUCUCCCAUUGAUUCCUAUGCAUAUAGGAAACUUUUAUUUCUCAUUCACAAAUCCAUCUUUGUUUAUGCUGCUCACUCUCAGUUUGGUCCUACUUCUGCUUCAUUUUGUUACUAAAAACGGAGGAGGAAACUCAGUACCAAAUGCUUGGCAAUCCUUGGUAGAGCUUAUUUAUGAUUUCGUCCCGAACCUGGUAAACGAACAAAUAGGUGGUCUUUCCGGAAAUGUGAAACAAAAGUUUUUCCCUCGCAUCUCGGUCACUUUGACUUUUUCGUUAUUUCGUAAUCCCCAGGGUAUGAUACCUUAUAGCUUCACAGUGACAAGUCAUUUUCUCAUUACUUUGGGUCUCUCAUUUUCUCUUUUUAUUGGUAUUACUAUAGUGGGAUUUCAAAGAAAUGGGCUUCAUUUUUUCAGUUUUUUAUUACCCGCAGGAGUCCCACUGCCAUUAGCACCUUUUUUAGUACUCCUUGAGCUAAUCCCUCAUUGUUUUCGCGCAUUAAGCUCAGGAAUACGUUUAUUUGCUAAUAUGAUGGCCGGUCAUAGUUCAGUAAAGAUUUUAAGUGGGUCCGCUUGGACUAUGCUAUGUAUGAAUAAUCUUCUCUAUUUCAUAGGAGAUCCUGGUCCUUUAUUUAUAGUUCUUGCAUUAACCGGUUUGGAAUUAGGUGUAGCUAUAUCACAAGCUCAUGUUUCUACGAUCUCAAUCUGUAUUUACUUGAAUGAUGCUACAAAUCUCCAUCAAAAUGGUUAUUUAUUUAUAAUUGAACAAAAGCGAGGCUCCGUAAGGUUAUUCUUUAUAUGGAUUUCUUUCGUUGCACUCCUGAAUUUAUGAGAAUUCAGUCCUUUCGCUUUCUUUAUGAAAUUCCUUGUUCAUUGACUCCUUAUCAGUCGACUUUCUUCGAACCUUACUAUUUGGAGAGUGAUUUCUGAAAAUCAAGGGCUCCUGAAAAUAUUCUCAUUCAGUCCUUUCGCUUUCUUUAUGAAAUUCCUUGUUCAUUGACUCCUUUUAGACAAAUACAAAGAGAGAUGCCCGUCCUUUUGACUCAAGAUUCCAUAUUAAGCGAACCUCUUCCACUCGCAAAGAUCAUUCUUUCGAUCAUUCUUUGAGCCUUGGACUGAUUUUGACAUAUGAAAUUUCUUCUUUUUCUUAGCUCAAAUGAAGAAAAAGCUAGGGCUCGACUGAUAAGGAGAGCAAA